CAUUUAUCAAGUUGAAUAAGUUUGAGUGACUUUUUGCUGCGAAGUUUUCGCCCAUCGCAAAUUGUAAAGCGAAGGUCUAAAAUAAACCAUAAUAUUCUCCGUUAACUAAAAGAAAAAGCUGUUUUAUUUAUUUGGUGUUCUAUGAUGUGUAGUUAAUAUACAGAGCAGAAUUCAGUAGCAAAGAGCAAAUCGUAAUCCUGUUGUGAAACUCAUCUUGGAAAUUUUCUUUUUGUCAAUUGUGUGAAUAGAGUUUCCAAUUAAAAGUUAGAAGAGUGUGAAUGAAAAACGGUGAUAACUGUCAAUAGUUGAAUUGUAGUCUGGCAGCUCUGAUUGUCCGAGGAUUUUGCAGCACAGAAACGGAAAACAACGAAAAUGACGGAGUAGUUUAAUAAGUGAUUUAACUCAGUAAAAUAUAAUCGAUAAAACGAGUCAUCAAAAAGUGGAAGUGAAUUACGAGAAAUCCGAAGAUGGGGGACGUUGAUCCAGAAACACUCUUAGAAUGGCUAUCCAUGGGUCAGGGGGAUGAGCGGGACAUGCAAUUGAUAGCCUUGGAGCAACUAUGUAUGCUUUUACUUAUGUCCGAUAAUGUUGAUCGGUGCUUUGAAAGUUGUCCACCACGCACAUUCUUACCAGCGCUUUGUAAAAUAUUUUUGGAUGACCUCGCACCAGAAAAUGUCCUCGAGGUUACCGCACGCGCUAUUACAUAUUAUCUUGACGUGUCAGCUGAAUGCACCCGCCGCAUAGUGGCUAUCGAUGGUGCUAUUAAAGCGAUUUGCAACCGUUUGGUUGUCGCCGAUUUAUCAUCGCGCACCUCACGCGAUUUAGCCGAACAAUGCAUCAAGGUAUUGGAAUUGAUUUGUACCCGUGAGGCGGGUGCCGUCUUCGAUGGUGGCGGCUUAAAUUGUGUACUCACCUUCAUACGUGAUUGUGGUUCACAAGUACAUAAGGAUACAUUGCACUCCGCUAUGGCGGUGGUGUCACGUCUCUGCACCAAAGUAGAACCGAAUGCACCAUGCAUUCAAAAUUGCGUCGAAAGUUUAAGUACACUGCUGCAACAUGAGGAUCCAAUGGUAGCAGAUGGUGCGCUUAAAUGUUUCGCUUCUGUUGCUGAUCGCUAUACGCGCAAAUGGGUAGAUCCAGCUCCUUUGGCUGAGUACGGACUUGUGGAAGAACUGUUGAAACGUUUGGGCAAUGCUGCGGGUCCUAUCAAUAAUACAACAACCACAACCGCUGCCAGUCCAGGUGCAACUACCGGCGCUUCAACCUCGACCACCAGCACUGGCAGUGUUAGCAAUAACGACAGCAUAAGUAGCGUUACUGCAACAAUAGCUACGCAGAACAAACCAACUGCAACAAGUGAUCCCUCAAGGACAUCACAAUCGAUUUCAACAACCAUAUCUUUGUUGUCCACCUUAUGUCGUGGUUCUCCGCUUAUUACACACGAUUUGUUACGCUCCCAAUUGCCAGACGCAAUUGAACGUGCAUUGAAGGGUGAUGAACGCUGUGUAUUAGAUUGUAUGCGUUUGGCCGAUUUACUUUUACUAUUACUUUUCGAGGGACGUCAAGCAUUGAAUCGUGUUGGUGCAGCCGGUGGCGCUCAGGGACAGUUGGCGGCACGUGUACGACGCAAUGAUUCGAGUGCCGAACGUACACAUCGCCAAUUGAUCGAUUGCAUACGUUCCAAGGAUACCGAAGCGCUGCAAGAAGCUAUCGAAUCGGGUGGCAUCGAUGUCAACUGCAUGGAUGAUGUUGGUCAGACCUUACUAAAUUGGGCAUCCGCCUUCGGCACGCUUGAGAUGGUCGAGUAUUUGUGCGAAAAGGGCGCUGAUGUGAAUAAGGGACAACGCAGCUCAUCCCUACAUUAUGCCGCUUGCUUUGGUCGACCAAGUAUAGCGAAAGUGCUAUUAAAAUAUGGCGCUUAUCCAGAUUUGCGCGAUGAGGAUGGUAAAACACCACUAGAUAAAGCACGUGAACGCGCCGAUGAUGGUCAUCGUGAGGUGGCUGCCAUAUUGCAAUCACCCGGCGAAUGGAUGGCUGCUGGUAAUUUGGCGGCCAACAAGGACGGCGCCGACGAUAAUGGCACAUUAGAACCGCGUGGUGAUCCAGAAAUGGCACCAAUUUAUUUGAAAUUAUUUUUACCGGUUUUCUGUCGCACCUUCCAGGGCACAAUGUUGGCCAGCGUUAGGCGUGCCAGUCUUGGUCUCAUCAAGAAAAUGGUGCAGUAUGCGCAGUCGGGUGUUUUAAAAGGUCUUUGUGAACCACAAUUGCAGCUGGAGACGACACUUGUUACAAGCACAAACGCGCAAAAUUUGGGAACGUUGUUGGUGGAAGUGGUGGCCAGUGUGUUGGACAAUGAGGAUGACGAUGAUGGCCAUUUGGUGGUGUUAACUAUUAUUGAAGAACUAAUGAGUAAAACACAGGAUGAAUUUUUGGAUCAUUUUGCACGUCUUGGCGUAUUUUCUAAAGUGCAGGCUCUAAUGGAGCCGGAAAAUGAAGUCAAUGAUGCCACAACAACUGUGCACGUUGGAGCUAACGCUAUCACAGCAACGACAGUCGAAGAUCAGCUAAAUCAAAGUAGUAGUAACGGAAUAACCAGUUCCACGCAGCAGACCACUACAGCAACAGAAGACCCCAUGGAGGAUGCCAAAGAAAUUCUUCAAGGCAAAGCUUAUCACUGGCAUGAGUGGAGUAUUUGUCGUGGACGCGAUUGUUUGUAUGUGUGGUCCGAUUCAGCGGCAUUGGAGCUUUCGAAUGGUUCGAAUGGCUGGUUCCGCUUUAUACUCGACGGCAAGUUGGCUACAAUGUAUUCCAGCGGUAGUCCUGAAAAUGGCAAUGACAGUUCAGGAAGGGGUCGUGGCAUGGAUUCUGUUACUAGUGAAGAAAAUCGUGGUGAGUUUCUCGAGAAAUUGUUGCGUGCACGCUCUGCCGUACGCCCGGGCACACCUUCGCAACCCAUACUACCGACUGUAAGCGUUUUGCGACUGGUCGUCGGAAAUUGGGUGCUUCAAGCACAGAAACCCAAUCAGCUACAAAUACACAACACUGAAGGUCAUCAAGUGACCAUUUUACAGGAUGAGUUGCCCGGUUUCAUAUUCGAAAGCAACCGUGGCACCAAACACACCUUUACUGCCGAGCAUACACUCGGUCCCGACUUUGCCUCCGGUUGGUCCACCGGCAAAAAGAAGAAAAUAAAAACCAAAACUGAAGUGCAGAAGACACAAGUAAAGAAUUUAGCACGCGAUCUGUAUAAUAAAUACUUCAAAGCAGCACAAGCUGUGCCGCGCGGUGCUGUCGCCAAGCUCACCUCCAUUGUAAAGCAAAUCGAAGUCGCAUUGGAGGAGCAACGUUUGUCGCCACACUCGAAUUGGCAAGAGAAAUUACGUACAUCACUGAAUGAGCUGGCACAACUGUUGCACGAAGACGGUGUGGUUAGUGCGUAUGAGAUGCAUUCGUCUGGGCUCGUGCAAGCCUUGGUGGCGGUACUCUCGAAGAAUUAUUGGGAUAAUGGUUUAUCACGCAACAAAACCAAUAAAAUGCUAAAGCAGCGCAUAAAUAUUUUCAAACAAUGCAUCUUUGAUGCCAAGCUGCCCAGCGGUGAUGUGCGCAACACCACCGCCAGCAUAUUGGUGCAAAAGUUGGUGGCCGUUUUGGAGAGCACCGAAAAAUUACCCAUUUAUAUGUAUGAUGCGCCUGGCGCCAGUUACGGUUUACAGAUUUUGACUAAACGUUUGCGUUUCCGAUUGGAGCGUGCCGCCUGUGAGACGACGCUUUUCGAUCGCACCGGUCGCACUUUGAAAAUGGAACCCUUAGCCACAGUCGGUCAGUUGGCUAAGUAUUUGCUGAAAAUGGUUGCCAAACAAUGGUAUGACAUGGAUCGUUCUACGUACCAUUAUCUAAAGAAAUUGCGUGAACAUCGUCAAGGUAUGGUUUUUAAGCAUCAUUACGAUUUCGAUGAAGAGGGUAUUAUGUACUAUAUCGGCUCAAAUGGUGGCACCUGUGAUUGGGUGAAUCCCGCACAGUAUGGUUUGGUGCAAGUGACCAGCUCGGAGGGCAAAACACUGCCAUAUGGUAAGUUGGAGGACAUACUCUCGCGUGAUAGCGUGUCGGUGAACUGUCACACAAAAGACAAUAAGAAAGCCUGGUUCGCUAUAGAUCUCGGCGUCUAUAUAAUUCCCAAUGCCUACACUUUGCGUCACGCACGCGGCUACGGACGUUCGGCACUACGAAAUUGGAUGCUACAAGGUUCAAAGGAUGGUAUCACUUGGACUACGCUUGUCACACACACGGACGACAAGAGUUUAGUGGAGCCCGGUAGCACUGCUACGUGGCCCAUAGUGUGCGCACCCGAUGAGAUGCACGGUUUCCGCCACAUACGCGUACAACAGAAUGGACGCAAUGCUUCGGGUCAGACACAUUAUCUCAGUCUUAGCGGUUUCGAGAUUUAUGGACGUGUGGUGAGCAUCUGCGAUGACAUUGGUAAAGGCGCCAAGGAAGCAGAGGCUAAAAUGCGCAAGGAGCGUCGUCAAAUACGCGCACAACUCAAACAUAUAACGACGGGCGCACGUGUAGUGCGCGGCGUUGACUGGCAUUGGGAUGAUCAGGAUGGUUGCUGUGAGGGCACCGUUACUGGUGAGAUACACAAUGGUUGGAUCGAUGUUAAGUGGGACCAUGGCGGACGUAAUUCGUAUCGUAUGGGUGCCGAGGGUAAAUAUGAUUUGAAAUUGGCAAACUGCGACAAUUUAUCUAUGUUCGAGGGUGGCACAUCAAUUGCACCGGUCACUGCUGUUACAGCAACCGGCCAAACAGCAGGUGCGGCCGGUGGCAAGAAAUUCGAAAAGGCUGGCACACUUACGUCACGUAAAUCUAGCUCGACGCCAUCACUGCCCGAGGCUACAGAAAUCAAUCGAAACACGGAAGUGCCUUCUGAUCAGGCAGCAUCCGCUGAUAACUUGGCUUGGAAGCAAGCUGUUGAGGCUAUCACUGAGAGUGUCUUUAGUUCGGCUAAGACGCAAAUGCUCAAUUCCACAGCUGGUAAUGGUGGUGAUGAUGGUGAAAGCGGCGGUAUGGGCAGUUCGGCAACAACUGGUGGUAGCGGUGUUAGCUUAUUGCGUGAACGUGAAAAUAUUGCCGAUCUUUCGGCCAUUAACAACUCGAUGCAGGCUAUUAAUGCGAAUGUUGUAUCCGACUUGGCUACAAUAACCGAAAAUUUGGUGUUGACUGAAGCGAAUAUGUCUAAUGUCAGUGGCAGCACAGUGAGUUCCUCAACUGGUUACGGUGGCACUGGUGGCAAUAGUAGCCGCAAUGCUUUGGCCGCUAUUUUCGGCAAUGCCGGCUUGGUUGGCACUCAAGCAACGGGUGGCGUUUCAGGCACAUCAGCAACGCCAUCAAACACUACCGGUCCAUUGCUACGCAGUGUAUCGUUGCAACAAAGCAGCGAUGAACCAAAAUCCACAAAUAUUGAGGCCAACAAUAAGAUGAAUGCCAAUAAUUCGGCAAGCGCCAGCGGCAGCAUGGGCAAGGGGCUUUUAGUUAAUUUACGCGCGAAUACAUCAGCUGGACAGCGUGUGUCACAGUUCUCAUCGGAGGCUUUGGAGAUGAUCGAUAAAAUGCGCGAUGGUGUCGACAUGAUACGCAACAACACCAAUAACAUCCUAUCUUCGGAUAUACUUUCACUCUCGGCGGCAAAUUUAAUGACAUCAGCCGUUAAGUUCUCAAAUGUGACUGGUAAGCCUGAAAGCGGCACCGAUCAGCUUUCCACAGACACCUCGGGUACUUCGGUGGUGGUUGAUUGCAGCGCUACCGCAGCCGAAAAGUCUGUACGCACACCCGCUCUGAUGGUCGACACAGAGAAACGCAAUAAUAUUGAAUUGGCAGAAUAUAAAAACCACUCCGGUAUAGCCAGCAAUACAUUGACCACCAAUAGAUCGAUUAGUGUUAGCGAACAACAAGCUCAACAGCUACAACCACCACCACCGCAGCUUGAAGUUGACCAACAACAUACGGGUGAUUUACAGCCUGUUGACAAUACACAGCAAUUGGGCGGUUCCGCUGAUAAUGUCAAUGUCUCCGUGUCGAAUCAAAUGAGUGUCAGUGUGCCUAAUCUGACGACGACAUCUGUUUCGGAGACCACCUCACAAUCUGAAGUGACCAGUCAUACUGGACUUUUGGAGACUUUUGCCGCCAUGGCACGACGUCGCACCUCGCAAGGCACAACAAAUCUGCAGAACAACCAAAUGAUCAGCUCCAAUUCGAAUUCGAAUGAGCGCAAUAAUCAGAGUGUUGGCACCAGCUCUUUCUUCCCACGUGGACCGAAUUCGGUAACGAGCCUCGUGAAAUUAGCAUUAUCAAGCAAUUUCCACUCGGGUCUUUUGAGCACCGCCCAAAGUUAUCCAAGUCUCUCGUCUAAUAAUGCCGGCAACAGUAGUGGUUCAAAUACUGGCACAGCUGGUAAUGGCAACUCCUCUGCUGGUCAACAAGUUCAAACAUCUAUAAAUCCGGCACUAACGAUGAGUCUCACAUCAACUUCGAGUGACAGCGAACAAGUUUCAUUAGAAGAUUUCUUGGAGAGUUGUCGUGCACCAGCUUUACUUGGCGAUAUGGACGAUGACGAUGAAAUGGACGAAGACAACGAUGAUGAAGAGAACGAAGACGAAUACGAAGAAGUUGGAGUAAGUCGAUUGAACACAUUGCUGCAGGUGAUGGUUUCCCGCAAUUUGCUGACCUUCAUGGACGAUGAGACCUUAGAGAAUCGUUUGGCCGGCGUGAGCAAGCGCAAAUCAUGGGACGAUGAAUUUGUGCUAAAGCGUCAGUUCUCCGCACUAAUACCAGCUUUCGAUCCCCGCCCUGGACGUACUAAUGUCAAUCAAACAUCGGACUUGGAUAUACCAGCACCGGGCACCAGUGCCGAAUCGUUGCGUCAAGAUGAGCAUGUACCGCUACCACAGCCAGUACUAUCGUUGGUGCUGCGUGGACCCAGCAUAGGUGGUGUACCAGAUGUCGAAAUCGAAUUGAGUAAUAGCGAGUGGACGAUAUUCCGUGCCGUGCAGGAGCUUUUGCAAGUUUCGCAAUUGAACAAGACAGAUAAGUUCCGCAAAGCCUGGGAACCCACGUACACCAUUGUCUAUCGCGAGGUGACGCCACAAGAGUGCAUUAGCGGUGGCAUCAGUGGCACUGUCAUUGAGUGUGAUGAUGGUCCGAAUACACCAGUGGUAUCGUCAAAGAGCGGUGCAUCUACGCUCUCGCCAAACUCUCCCAUACGCGGCGAGUUCACAACAUCUGAGAAUGUCACCUGCUCAGUUGAUGAUGUCUUGCAAUUGCUCAGCCAAUUGAAUGCGCUCAAUCAAAAGGAGAGCAUAAGCGAAGUAGUAAAUACAACAACCGUUAGCGCUGAUGCAAAUGCAACAGCUGGCGGCAAUCUGCCACACGAACUUUUUAUGAGCAAGAAAAUUACCAACAAGCUACAACAACAGAUACAAGAUCCCUUGGUGUUGGCAAGCAAUUCUUUGCCCAAUUGGUGCGAAGAUCUGAAUCAGGCUUGUCCUUUCCUGUUUCCAUUCGAAACACGCCAGCUAUACUUCAAUUUCACUGCAUUUGGAGCUUCGCGUAGUAUUGUUUGUCUACAAUCGCAACGCGAUGUUACAUUGGAGCGUCAGCGCAUGCCCGGCCUCAGUCCACGACGUGAUGAUCAGCACGAGUUCCGUGUCGGCCGUUUAAAGCAUGAGCGCGUUAAGGUGCCACGCAAUGAGAAUCUGCUCGAAUGGGCCAUGCAGGUGAUGAAAGUACACUGCAAUCGCAAGUCAGUGCUCGAGGUUGAAUUUGUGGGCGAACAGGGUACUGGUCUGGGACCUACACUGGAGUUCUUUGCACUGGUCGCAGCCGAACUACAGCGCACCGAUCUCUGCAUGUGGCUAUGUGAUGACGCCGAUCUGGAAUUGUCCGACAAAGCUCAAAACGAUCAAACUGAACAUCUAAUAGCCAACGAUGACAUUAAGCCAGUCGGCUAUUAUGUAAAUCGUCGCGAGCACGGUCUUUUCCCAGCGCCAUUACCGCAAAAUUCGGAAAUUUGCGACCGUGUAUCGAAAUACUUUUGGUUCCUUGGUGUAUUUUUAGCUAAAGUGCUGCAAGAUAUGCGUUUAGUGGAUUUACCACUUUCGAACUCGUUCCUAAAAUUAUUAUGCCACAAUAAAGUGCUUUCACGUGGUGUACAUCAGAUUCAAUCGAAUCCUGUCUCCGAAGAUCCGAUGACCUCAUCCGUAGUAUCUGAGGAUUCUGAAUUGGCCGAAACUUGCUCGAAACUAUUAAGUGGUGUCGGUGGUUAUACCAACACAGAAUAUACCAACGCCACCCCUACCAGUUGGUAUGAUGGUAUUUUGGCGUAUGAAAAUCUUGCCGAAAUCGAUCCGAUACGUUAUGAGUUCAUAAGAGAAUUGCAAGAAUUGGUUGCACGCAAACAGGCUGUUGAGAGCGACACGUCACUCACGCCCGAACAGAGACGUGAAUAUUUAGCCACACUGAAAUUACGUACUAAACGAAAUGAGGAAAUCGAUUUGGAGGAUUUAACCUUGACAUUUACCUAUUUACCCAGUUCUUCUGUUUACGGUUACCCGUAUGCUGAACUGGUACCAAAUGGCGCCAACAUUGAUGUUACGCUUAAUAAUUUGGAAGAAUAUUGCGAUCUGUUGAUAAAUUAUGUUUUGCAAGAUGGCAUUGCCAAACAGUUGGAAGCAUUUCAUCGUGGUUUCUGUGAAGUGUUCCCACUGAAAAAGCUGGCCGCAUUCAGCCCGACCGAGGCGCGUAUGAUGAUUUGCGGUGAGCAACAUCCGCAAUGGACGCGUGAAGAUCUCAUCAACUACACAGAACCCAAACUUGGUUACUCCAAAGACAGCCCUGGCUUCUUGCGUUUUGUCAACGUACUAAUGAGUAUGACAGGACCCGAGCGUAAGGCGUUCCUACAAUUCACCACCGGCUGCAGUAGUCUACCACCAGGCGGUCUAGCUAACUUGCAUCCACGUUUGACAGUCGUACGUAAAGUAGAUGCCGGCGAUGGUAGCUAUCCAUCGGUAAACACCUGCGUGCAUUACCUGAAGCUGCCCGAUUAUCAGACGGAGGAGAUAAUGAAAGAGCGUUUACUGACUGCAACAAAAGAGAAAGGAUUCCAUUUGAAUUAAUAUACAUACAUAACAUACAAUAUGUGUUUAAAUAAUUUACUUACAUACGUCACUAUACAUAUUAAUCUUAAGCAUUUGCCGAAAUUUCAAAUUGGGCGUUAACAUUGUUAGGCGUUUCUACGAGAACAAUUCUCAGUUGAUGGCGAUGAAAUUGUUUUAUCUUUUAUCUUUUUUCUCUGCUGAGUUUAUUACUAUUAUUAUUAUUAUAAUUAUUAUUUUUUUUUUGAUCUAUAAAUUUAGGAAGUGUAACUUACAUAUAUACGCUAUAUAUUAAAAAAAACAGGAAAUUUUCUUAAAAUACCACGUGAAAGAAAAAGUCAACGAAACGACAUGAGCAUUCUUGUUUUGUACCCAAGUGGUGGCAAUGUGUAAAAAAGUUAGGCAGAAACACCUAAAACUGUGUGUGUAUGUAAUAAAAGAAGAAGAAAAAUCAAACCCCAAAUCUAAGUAGAGCAAAAAAAUAAGUAGUGCACCAACUAAAAGCAUAAACGCAAAAUUUCGGAUGAAUAUGAAACUGCAAGUGACGCUUCAACUCUUUCCUAAAUAGCUUUUGCAACAUUAUUACACAAAUAGUUAAAUAAUAGAGAGAAAAGGCAAAAAUAAAAAACAAUAACAGCAAAAUACGCGGCAAAUAGCAAAUUAAAUUCACAGAUGAAACUAGCUUAUAUUAUGUAUAUAUAUGUUUGUUUGUUUUUUCAUUAAAAAUUAAUUGACUUAUUGAUGACUACCUAACUUACGCGUAUAUACAAUAUUGAUACAUACAUACAUACAUAUAUAGAAAAACAACUACAAUACAAUAUUUCAAUAUGUACACAA